GCUACAAAAUUUCACGUUUGGUCACUAAAAUUGGUUUAUUCCAUUAGUAGUCACUUAAAUUAGUUAUGCAAACCAUACUCGCAUUCAUAUCCGAAUUCCAGCCGCGGAAGGACGGCAUUCUCUUGACGUCUUUCACGAAAACAGGAACAACCUGGCUCAAAGCUCUUUGCUACAACAUCCACGACGAGGAAGAGAAUGACGUUCUGGCGAAGGAGAACCCCCACGAUGUGGUUCCCACUCUCGACAUCACUUUCCUCCAAGACCAAGUCCAACAGGCAACAUCUGCUGCUUAAUUCCCCUCCGGGGCGCAGCAGAUUGCUCCACACCCAUCUCCCCUGCAGUUACCUGCCGGAGAAGGUGAGGAGCUCACCGGGAUGCAAGCUCGUGUACGUGGCGCGGAAUCCCAAGGACACGCUGGUGUCGCUGUGGCAUUUCCUCAACAAGAACCUGAAAGCCGACCCAUUCCCUCUGGAGAGAGCGGUGGAGACCUUCUGCAGGGGGGUUAUGCCUUUCGGGCCCUUUUACGAGCACGUGGUGGGAUACUGGGAAGAGAGCGAGAAGCGGCCGGAUGAGGUGUUGUUUCUCAAGUACGAGGACCUGUGCAGAAACCCAAGAGAGCAAGUGAGGAUGCUGGCCAUGUUUCUCGGUCGGGAAACGAAUAUAGAUGUUGAGAAGGUACUGUGGCGGAGCAGUAUGAACAGACUCAAGGAGUUGAAGGUCAACAAGGAUGAUGCUGUGAAGGAAGGGCAACAUGUUGGCAACUCCGCCUUUUUUAGGACGGGAACUGUGGGAGAUUGGAAGAACUAUUUGACUUCCGACAUGGCUCAACGUAUUGAUCAGCUCACACGACUUAAACUGCAGGGUACUGGUCUUUCUUUUGAUGAUGAGUAGUUACGUUGGUUCCCUGUGUCAAAAGUUGCCACCGGUUGAAUGUUUUUUUCGUGUGACCUAUCUUUGCGUUGCACCAGGGGUGGUUCAAGUCCACCUAGUUGUUGGGUUUUUUUCUGCCUGUCUAUUUAUCCUUUGAGGUGGGCAUGGCCUUUGUUCAAGUCCACCUAGCUGCUAGGGUUUCUUUUGCUUGCCUUUGUUUUUUCCUGUCAUUUCUUUUCUCUGCUCUAAUAAAAUCACUUCAACUUCGUAGAAGAAAAUUCGUUCGUUUGAGGUUCUUACUGAAGGAAUUUAUUUUUACCGACUCACAUUCAUACUUACUUAGAUUUUACUUCAGCCGUUGAGCUUCCUUGCAGUUUGCUCUUCCAAAAAUCAACUAUCAUCGACAAAAAAUUUAAAUAAGUGUGGGAAUUGGGGGAUGGGGGUGGGGAAGCUUUCUUAUAUACCUGAAUUCCAUGGAAAUUCCCUCUAUCAAGAGCUUGUUUGAAAAGAGGACCUUCAGCAUAUAACAUAAAUAUGUUAUGAUCUCAAAAUUGGGGUGUAAACUGACAAAUCUUAUUCAAUGAAAGAGAAACAAAUAUAUACAAGAUUUCAGCCUACAAACUUGACCGUUUCCAAGCUAUGUUUAUUUGAUUGGAUGAUUGUAUGAGUACUCCUACUUGAUAAUCUUGAGUUCAUAUUCAAUCUAUGCAUGUUUCAUGAUUCAAUUCUGCUUUAGUCGAGAUUAUUAAUUCUGCUUUGAUCCUAUGAGAGCGAAUACCUGAUUAGGUCAAUAGAGCACCAUAGAUUGAUAGUAUUGGAUCAAUUGCUUUAGUCGAGGGUUGAUUCACUACUUUGUAUCGAUUGAGAACCUCUUUCGAUAGAGGGAGUCUAGUUCAGAACGCCUUGAUCGGUUGUUCUAGAGAAGGAUACGUCCCUCUAGGCAAUUGACUCAAGAGGGCCUUGUUCCAUCUUAAUCUGGUUUGCUAGAUAAUGAAAUGAAGCUGAGUAAUAGUAACUCUAGAGACCCGUGGAUUCGAUAUUUAUUAUUUGAGUCACUAUACUGCAGUCCCUUUCAUUGGUUACACUUGGCGAUUGUUAGGAGUUGUGUCAUAGCGAGUCAGCCCACAAAAUUACGAAAAUGUCAUCCAAAAAUAAAUUUGCCCAAAUCGGUGCUUAAUUUACUUAUCAUCCGUGGAGAAUAGGAUCAAUAUAAUUCAUUAUCGAUGUAUAAUAGCCUCUGCUUGAUUCCGUGAUUUGUAGCCUCCCGAAUCGAAAGAAAACGACAUUUCAGAAAAAUCGCCCAAAAUCUGUGAGGGUACCCCUUUGCAAUCUGCCAAAAAUUGACCCGGAAUAAAUCCGUCCAAAUCGGUGCUUAAUGGAUUAUUCAUCGUUGAAGAAUAGCCUCUGACCGAAUCCAUGACAUGUAGCCUUCAAAAUCCAAAGAAAAUGGCCUUCCGACGCCCACAAAAUUACGAAAAUGCUUUCCGAAAAUAAGUUGGCCCAAAUUGGUGCUUAAUGGACUUAUCAUCCGUGGAGAAUAGGAUCAAUAGAAUUCAUUAUCGAUGGAGAAUAGCCUCGACCAGAUUCCGUGAUCUGUAGCGUCCAAAAUCGAAAGAAAAUGACAUUUCGGAAAAAUCGCCCAAAAUCUGUGAUGGUACACCUUUGCAAUCUUCCAAAAAUCGACACGGAAUAAAUCCGCCCAAAUUGGUGCUUAACGGACACAAUCAUCGUUGAAGAAUAGCCUCAGGUCGAAUCCGUAAGCUGUAGCCUUCAAAAUCCCAAGAAAAUGGCAUUUCGACACCCACAAAAUUACGAAAAUGCCAUCCAAAAAUAAAUUUGCCCAAAUCAGUGCUUAAUGGACUUAUCAUACGUGGAGAAUAGGAUCAAUAGAAUUAAUUAUCAGUGUAGAAUAGCCUCGGCAUGAUUUCGUGAUCUGUAGCCUCCAGAAUCGAAAGAAAAUGGCAUUUCAGAAAAAUCGCACAAAAUCUGUUAUGGUACCCCUUUGCAAACUGCCAAAAAUUGACCUGGAAUAAAUCCGCCAAAUCAGUUCUUAAUGGACUUAAUCAUCGUUGAAGAAUAGCCUCAAGCCGAAUCCGUGACCUCCAGCAUUCAAAUUCCAAAGAUAAUGGCCUUUCGACGCCCACAAAAUUACGAAAAUACCAUCCAAAAAUAAAUUGGCCCAAAUCGAAGCUUAAUGGACUUAUCAUCUAUGGAGAAUAGGAUAAAUAGACUUCAUUAUCGGUGGAGAAUAGCCUUGGUCUGGUUUCGUGAUCUGUAGCCUCCAGUAUGGAAAGAAAGUGGCAUUCCAGGAAAAUCGCCCAAAAUCUGUGACGGUACCCCUUUGCAAUAUGCAAAAAUUGACGCGGAAUAAAUCUGCCCAAAUUGGUGCUUAAUGGACUAAUCAUCUUUGAAGAAUAGCCUCAGGCCGAAUCCGUGACCUGUAGCCUUCAAAAUCCAAAGAAAAUUACCUUCUGACGGCCACAAAAUUACGAAAAUGUCAUCCGAAUAUAAAUUGGCCCAAAUUGGUGCUUAAUGGACUUAUCAUCCGUGGAGAAUAGGAUCAAUAGACUUCAUUAUCGGUGGAGAAUAGCCUCAGCUUGAUUCUGUGAUGUGUAGCCUCCAGAAUCGAAAGAAAAUGGCAUUUCGGAAAGAUCGUCCAAAAUCCGUGAUGGUACCCCUUUGCAAUCUGCCGAAAAUUGACCUGGAAUAAAUCCGCCCAAAUCGGUGCUUAAUGGACACAAUCAUCGUUGAAGAAUAGCCUCAGGUCGAAUCCGUAACUUGUAGCCUUCAAAAUCCCAAGAAAAUGGCCUUUCGACGCCCACAAAAUUACGAAAAUGCCAUCAAAAAAUAAAUUUGCCCAAAUCAGUGCUUAAUUUACUUAUCAUCCGUGGAGAGUAGGAUUAAUAGAAUUCAUUAUCGAUGUGGAAUAGCCUCUGCCUGAUAACGUGAUCUGUAAUCUCCUGAAUGGAAAGAAAACGGCAUUUCAGAAAAAUCGUCCAAAAUCUGUGCGAGUAACCCUUUGCAAUCUGCCAAAAAUUGACCCGGAAUAAAUCCGCCCAAAUCGGUGCUUAAUGGAUUAUUCAUCGUUGAAGAAUAGCCUCUGACCGAAUCCAUGACAUGUAGCCUUCAAAAUCCAAAGAAAACGCCCUUCCGACGCCCACAAAAUUACGAAAAUGCCUUCCGAAAAUAAAUUGGCCCAAAUCGGUGCUUAAUGGACUUAUCAUCCGUGGAGAAUAGGAUCAAUAGACUCAUUAUCGGUGGAGAAUAGACUCGGCCUAAUUCCGUGAUCUGUAGCCUCGAGAAUCGAAAGAAAAUGGCAUUUCGGAA